UGCGCGCGCGUGCGCAGGCCACAGCCCUCCGGGGGCGGCUCUGUCGACUCCCAGGAAAGCGUCGCAAGGUCCCGGAUUAACCCUUUCCCGGCUCACUCUCUUAAGAGGCCCGGCCGGGUUCCGUGCCUGCGCAAGGCGGCGGCGCGCCUUCCCCCCAGCCCGCACCGCGCAUGCACGGGAAGGGGGGGGUUGCUGGUGGGGGUGUUCACGGCCGGCUAGACAGUCUGUGCUCGUGCAGGAGAAGGGCUGCUACCAUCAGGGACGUGCACGAUUCCCCCCUCACCCCGCCCCCUCCCCAAACUCCAAAAAAAAAAAAAAAUCCAAAACACACUGCCACCCACCCGUGCCCCGCGCCCCGCGCCCAUCCCGUCCCCGGCCUGCGUGCAGUGAGCGCAGGGAGCCCACGGCGAGUGUCUGCGGCUGUGCCAGGCUGCAGGACUGGUGUGCCCCUGAUCAGAGUUAUUCUGAUCUGAAGAAUUUGGUGUUUAAAGCAUUAAGAUAAUAGCCUGAGUUGUUCAUGGAAGAAGAACACUGAGUGCUGUUAGUGACUCAACUGGCUCUUCUCCGCAUGUGGAGUUAGAGUAGACCCAGCAGACAGGACCAGAGAAUCCUGGCCUCAGACCUGUUUUCUUAAAUCAUGGAGCUGACUUAUUUGUCAUUGUUGCCUGUAAUUCCCGGGAAGCACAGGAGUUUUUCAUCAGUAUGUCUGAAACCAUUAAAUAUAAUGAUGAUGAUCAUAAAACUCUGUUUUUGAAAACGCUAAAUGAACAACGCCUGGAAGGAGAAUUUUGUGAUAUUGCUAUUGUGGUUGAAGAUGUGAAAUUCAGAGCACACAGAUGUGUUCUCGCAGCCUGCAGCACCUACUUUAAAAAGCUUUUCAAGAAGCUUGAGGUUGAUAGUUCUUCAGUCAUAGAAAUAGAUUUUCUUCGUUCUGAUAUAUUUGAAGAGGUCCUGAACUACAUGUACACAGCAAAGAUUUCGGUGAAAAAAGAAGAUGUUAAUUUAAUGAUGUCAUCAGGCCAAAUCCUUGGUAUUCGAUUUUUGGAUAAACUCUGUUCUCAGAAGCGUGACGUGUCUAGCCCUGAUGAAAAUAACGGCCAGUCAAAAAGUAAGUAUUGCCUCAAAAUAAAUCGCCCUAUUGGAGAUGCCACUGACACCCAAGAUGACGAUGUAGAGGAAAUUGGAGAUCAGGAUGACAGCCCUUCAGAUGACACAGUAGAAGGCACGCCCCCAAGCCAGGAGGACGGCAAGUCACCCACGACGACGCUCAGGGUUCAGGAAGCCAUCCUGAAGGAGUUGGGGAGUGAGGAAGUGCGAAAGGUGAAUUGCUAUGGCCAGGAAGUAGAGUCCAUGGAAACCCCAGAAUCAAAAGACUUGGGGUCUCAGACCCCUCAAGCCUUAACAUUUAAUGAUGGGAUGAGCGAGGUGAAAGAUGAACAGACGCCAGGCUGGACAACAGCCACCAGUGACAUGAAAUUUGAGUACUUGCUCUAUGGCCACCAUCGGGAGCAGAUCGCCUGUCAGGCUUGUGGGAAGACAUUUUCUGAUGAAGGCCGGUUGAGGAAGCAUGAAAAACUCCACACGGCAGACAGGCCGUUUGUUUGCGAGAUGUGUACAAAAGGUUUUACCACACAGGCCCACCUGAAGGAACACCUAAAAAUCCACACCGGAUAUAAGCCCUACAGUUGUGAGGUGUGUGGAAAAUCGUUUAUUCGCGCUCCGGACUUGAAGAAGCACGAGCGAGUUCAUAGUAACGAAAGACCUUUCGCAUGCCACAUGUGUGACAAAGCCUUCAAACACAAGUCCCACCUCAAAGAUCAUGAGCGGAGGCACAGAGGAGAAAAGCCUUUCGUGUGUGGCUCCUGCACCAAGGCCUUUGCCAAGGCAUCGGAUCUGAAAAGGCAUGAGAACAAUAUGCACAGUGAGAGGAAGCAGGUGACCCCCAGUGCCAUCCAGAGUGAGACUGAACAGUUGCAGGCGGCAGCGAUGGCCGCCGAAGCAGAGCAGCAGUUGGAAACAAUUGCCUGUAGCUAGAAAUGACGGGACUGGAACAUUGGCCUGCGUGGCGAGCCGUGAGACUGAGUUUGCAUUGUUCAGAAUCAGUGAACACCAGUCACUGUAUUCUUGUGGAAACUUGUGGGACAUUGUACUCACUAGACAGUGCUUGGUUGGGUGUUUGUAAAACUUUUCAAGGAAAUAAUGUUCCUUGAUUCUGACCAAACAGUUUCACUGUCCCAUCUGGUGUUUAGUAUUACUGUCGCCAGUAAGCCCUCCUUCUCUUUUUUUUUUUUUUAUGAUUUUGAAAACUCCUGUGUCCAGUUCAGAAGUGAGAGACUUCUAUUCCAUUGUUACUUCCUCUCUAUACUUGUUGCGCUUGUGAGCGUGUUGCACAGAGUGAUAAUUGAGUAAAUUGAUUUCCUAAUCAUCAGGAUUAUUUGUGACUUACGGGCAUAAUAGCAUUUUAAAUAAUGUAAUAAAAGUGACUUCAUGUAGAGGCAGAAAGUACUGCUACGCGGUUGACCAAGAACACUGCACAGAUGUGAAAACAAGUUCUAGAAAUGCAGAAUGGUCCUUGUUUAUAUAUGGUUUGUUCAUUUUAUAUGACACUUGUUUCCACUGACUGGUGGACAGAUAAUGAUUGCUUUGCUGAAGUAUUUCUUCAUUUUUAUUGUCCAUACCUAUAACCAAAAGAUGAGGUCACAAGUCCCAAAGGCUGAACAAAUCUUCUGGGGGUUUUGGUGGUGUGGAAACUUGGUUCUCUUCCUCUUCUUUGGGGCAUUACUACUUUGUAACAAAUGAGGUUUGUGAGCUAGCCCAAUGGUGAGAGUACUAGAAAGGUAAAGGGGUAAAAGGCAGGUGCUUUCACAUUUUCAACAGCUCCGAGAUUUCUAAUCAAAAUAGUUCUUAACUGAUUUUGAAAUUGCAUUUUUUAGGAUCAAAAUUGGGACAAGAACAGGUAUACUUUGGAUCCAUUUGUGUAAUU